CACUCUGCUCUGCUCUGCCCACCCGCACCGCUCACCGCACCGGCCGCAGUACUCGAGCCCCAACGACGGGUACCGCCAGGAGAAGACGGCCGCACCGGCCGCAGCGAUAUGUGCGCCCGCUCCUCGCCGCACCAUCCGACCCCCUCCUUCGACACUCGCCAUGGCGUCGCGCCCGCACCGCUCCUCGACGGCCGCGUCGCGGGUGCCGCCCAUGAACAACCAGAUUGCUGAGUUGCGCGCCCUGGCCGAUGACCUGCUGCGGGCCGCCGACGCCCCGCCGGCGCCCGACUCGCUGCAGCGCCAGAGCCUCGCCCUGCGCCGCAUGCGCCAGCUGCUGAUAGACUCGACCGACCAGACGCACACCAAGGACGCCUUCCGCCAUGUGCGAGGCUUCGAUGUGCUGCUCACCACCCUGCGCGCCCUGGCCGGCUUCUAUCGCCCCGCCCUGCCUGCCCCCGACCGCAUCGACUUCUUCGACGUCGUCAAGGCCACGCUGGACGUGCUGUCCGACGCCCUCGACGAGCAUGCCGGCAACCGCCGCUUCUUCGCCCAGCGUGUCGAGGGCGGCGGCUGGAGUGCCCUCGAGCAGGCCCUGGCCAGCGCCGGUGUGCUGGGCCGCCCGUCGGACGCCCCGCGCGAUGAUGCUGCCCCGGAGCAGCUGUUCGGCAUUCUCUUCGCCUUUGCCCUGGGCGAGGACGCCAUGACGCGCAUGUUCAGGCACGUGGAGCGGCCACCCGAACUCGCAUCUGCAGUGCCUGCAGCGCCUGCAACGCCUACAACGCCCGCCCCCGCCGAUACCGACUCCCAGCUCGAUGACCCCCCGUCCGAUAACCCCCCGCCCGCCGACAUCGUCGUCUCCAGCCCGCGCUCCGUCUACGCCGACGACGUCCUCGACCUCGACCCGCUGCGCACCCACCUGCGCCAGCUCUUCAGCGGCAAUGAGGUCCUGCAGAACCCCGACAUCAUGCCCACCAUCCUCCGCUUCUGGCGGGGCCUGGCCGGUGAGCAGGCUCCCGCGCCCCGGUCGCAGGCGCUCUCGGCCGCUGUGUUGCUCGCCGUUCUGCACAUCACCGAGCUGUCGUCGUACAACAAAGCUGCGUUGCACAUCACGGGCGUGCUCAGCUUCAUUCUACCGCUGCUCUUCGAGAACAAAUGCGCCCGCACCGAGGCCGACUUGCUGCAGCAACUUGCCGACAGCCUGAUCGAGUAUGGCAUCAACGAGCUCGACGAUGCCUACUAUCUGUUCCGGAAAGCAGCGUCGUCAGAACAAGCCGCCGAGUUCCUCCAUCGCGGCAUGCAGGCCUCACGAGCGCCCCAUUUCAUACAGUUCGACCUGUCCCUCCACGGCUUCAGCGCCAUCGAGCUGCCAGACCUCGGUCGGCCCUUCCCACCCGUCUCACAAGGCGGCGGUUACACGUUCGCGACGUGGAUGCGUGUGGACCAGUACGACCCAAACUGCCACACCACGCUCUUCGGCGCGUACGAUGACACCCAGACUUGCUUCCUGAUGGCCUAUCUGGAAAGGGACACUCGCUGCUUCAUCUUGCAGACAUACAUGGGCCACGCAUCCGGCGUCGUCCCCAGCGUACGCUUCAAGAAAGCACCGCGAUUUGAACAGGGUCGAUGGUACCACAUUGCCGUUGUGCAUCGACGGGCAAAGGGAAUGGGUAUGGGCAGCCACAAAGCUUCCAUCUUCGUCGACGGUGAAUUCACCGAGACCAUGAAGGCACAUUAUCCAUCGCACCCCCCAGUGUUGGACAACAGCCAAGACAGCUUUGCCUCAAUGUCUUCGAGCACCUCGAAACACCACAUCUUGGCCUUCCUGGGUACACCGCGCAACCUUGCCCCCAGGCUUGGGAGGAAUGUACUGACAUCCAAGCUGUCUAUGGCAUCAUUCCAUCUCUUUUCAGAACCCUUGUCAGAUGAACUGAUUGCCGUCUACCACAAGCUGGGUCCUCGCUACAGCGGUAAUUUCCAGGACAGGCUUGGCUCGUUCCAGACGUAUCGCACUUCAGCAGAAUUGCAUGUACACAACGAGAUUCUGCAUCCUGGGCGAGAGGAGCGCUCUGACAUAGUGACUGCGAUCCGCUCGAACGCAGGUUAUCUUAUGCCCGAGUCGAAGAUUCUACUAAGCUUCUCCCCCAGUUCGGUGAUGGACGAUGAUGACCGAAACGCUAUUGAUGAAUCUCAGCUAAUCAAAUCACUCUCAAGAGACUCUGCUAGAUCGCUUCACAAGUACACAAGGGCGCACAGCACGCCGAUCAUCAUCAACGCCGCAGUCCCAUCAGUCAACGAUGCUUUAUCGCAAGCUCGUGGCUUUGGUAGGCUAUCAGGUAACCCAGUCGUCGUAGUACCCCAGUCUCUCGAUGAUGCCAUUUGGCGCAUUGGUGGAUGUGCCGCAGUGGGGCUGAAGGUAGUGCAGGCCGCGCAGUCGCUGAAGAGCGUACUACGCGCGGUGAAAAUCCUUUUAGAGGCUGUUGAAGGUAAUUGGAGAAACUGCGAAGCCAUGGAACAGAGCAACGGGUUUGCCAUCCUUGCCGAAGUCUUGCGUCAGAAGAUUGGAUUUGCAAUGGGCGGGUUGGUCGUGCGAAAUGCAUCGUCACUUGAUGUAACUCCGGAGCAAUGCGAGGACUUCGUCGCACAACUGCUUUCAGUCAUCCUUCGCUUCGUUGGAUAUGACGAACAGCAUCCGGAAGAGUCUCUCAUUAUCAACCCGCUUGCUUACCGAGUGUUGAUUGUGGAUCUCGAGAUCUGGCGCAGAGCGACGUCGUUGAGUACACAAAAGAAGUAUUACACGCAGUUUGUGCACUUUGCAAAGGGCAGCAAGCAUCAUCAUUAUAAUGCCAAACGUUUUCACAGAAUCAGAGUUGUAAAGCGCCUGACGGAUGCUUUGAAGGGUGAAACCUUUACCUCACAGACAUUCCCACUGUUCGUCGAAGCCUUCAAAGCCCUUUUGCACAUCAACUUCAAUGGCGAAAACGCUCGAUCUCUGUCUCUAUUCGUCACAUAUGCCUUGCAUGACAGUCGCGCCUCGUACGCUAAACGAACCUUGCGACCAAAAGCGAGCACUUUGCGCCUUCGCAGAGGUACACCUCCCAGCUUGACGCCUACCCUUACGCCUAGAUCCGCCAGUCCUUCCUCUGUCGCACCAGAGUCCUUGCCACUGUCUUUGCCAGAGUUGGGUGUAGCCAUCUUGAAUCUCCUGUCCGAGUUUUUGUGCGACCCUCACAACCCGCAUGAGAUCGUCCGAUUCGCCAAGAACGUCACUGGAAAGUGGCUUCUAUACCUGCUCGCAGAGACUGAUCAACGCGUUGUUGUACUCGGUGCAAAAAUACUCGCUCGCCUACUUGUUACAAAUGGAGCAACAUAUGUCAAGAAAUUUGGCGACAAGACUGGUGGCUUUGUUGUCAUGAAUAACAGGCUUCGGCAUUGGUGGAACACACCUGGGAUCUGGACAAUUUGUUUCGCCAUCCUCUUUGAUCGCGAUGUGGCCACGAUCGACUUCGAGCGUGACUUCGAUGUGUUCAAUCUAGUCGACAUCUUCAUGACGCAUUCGCCGCAAACGAAGUUAAGAAUAGCGUAUCCUGAGAUCUUUCCCGUCAUAACAGCCAUGCUGGAUACUGGACUGCGUGCUAUUGUGCGAGAUCGCGAAACAGCUCACACAGAGCGAGCAAAGGGCGAAAAUGCUGAAGACACCCCGACAAGGGGACGUCGUAGGACAAUGUCCCUGAAUGCCAAGCAGCCCACAGUCGAUACGAGAGCACCGCAAUCAGAACGCCUCAACAACUACGCUGUUCUACAUGCACGAUCUGAUGUCUUUCGCGAUUACGCGAACACGUCAAACUAUGUGCAAGAAUUACUAUUCGUGUUGUAUCCGGUCAUUGUAACAUCCGAUAAAGUUAGCGCAGAAACCGAACUAUUGUCCAGAGGUUCGGCACUUACAUUUGAAGGUCAAGACGUGGUUAUUCAGCCCGUAUCUGGUGCCAGCAGCCAACAGACGCCAAUCAUACGAACUAACAACGUACCCACCGAAUCAUCUUCAAGUACGCAACGAGUCAUCCCUUUUCGAAGAGCGUCCUCCUUCGUCUUAAUUUCAGAGAACAAGGUGAUGAAAGCAGCAAAGCAAACGUCUCUGAAUCCAAUACUUUCACCCAGGAACACUGCUCCUGUGGCCAUGAAAGUAGGCAGUUCAGUCGUGGAAGCUAUGCUUGAAGCCGUCCUAGAUGUCUUCAAAGAGCAACUCUUCACUCGGAAAGACUUUCCAGGAUUAGGUCUGUUUAUGAAGACUCCACCAGGAUUUCAGGAGCAUCAAGCCUACUUCGAAUCGUAUAUACUACGCCAGAUUCUUUCAUCAGUCAGGAACUCUCUACAGCUUGAUCCAAAUCUCCUCCAUGAACCUCGAGUCCUCAUAAAUCUUUCCCGCUUCGUCGGCCACAUCUCCGAGGCAGUCUUCGAAGGCUGGUUUCUUCAAGGAGCUGAGCCAUUGCUUGAUUUUACCGGCUUCUUGCUGGAGUACCUCGAGCGGCCCGACAUUGCUGCCAUCAAGUCCGUCAGAUUGUGCACACAAGCAAUACAGACCAUGAGAGCAACGUUUCUCAAAGUCUCAUUACUCCAACUUGCCGACCCAGAUGACUCUGAGGAUGGGUUCACGACCACAUUAGUCAUCGAGAAGAUGGUAUACUGGCAGCCAAUCAUCUUGUCCUCGGCGAACACCGAUACUUUCUCUUUGAAAAUGAUAUGCUAUCUCUUCUACACGAAGCUGUCGUCCGAGUACGAGCCGGUGCGUCUAGCUGCCGCGAACUUCUGGCGAUUGCUACUUGUGCAAAAGCCUCAAGAGACCUCUAGCAUCCUCGGCAGUGCCAUACAGGCAGACAAGAAGAACCUUUAUGAAGGUUUUCAGAAACUAGUGGAACUAGACAACGAGACGUUCUUCCAGUGGUUUGACAAGCAUAAGGUUGAUCUCGAUACGUUCUUUUACGGCUCACUGACGAAGGUGUGGGAGGAGUUCGCGCAAGAGCAGAAUAAGCGAACUGAGGAAACAUCCACAAGGAGGAUCAGCAAGCGAAAGGAGAAACUUAAGCAAUGGCAGGCAGAGGAGUUGACCUCGGACAAUAUUUGGAAUCACCACGAGCAUUCGACAGGGCACUGGAGGUCUAACAUACAUGCUUCCGAACGCAUCAAGCACCAACGAGUAUUGCAGGAUCAGCAAGAUAACGCCACAUACCUUCAGACGGUUCUUGCAAAGUUAGAUUACCAGCUGAAAGGCCCCUGCGCAUUAUUCGAUAACAGCCCACCCCCGAAGUGGCGCCUCGAUGAGACGGAAGGUCGCGAUAGAAGACGCAUGCGCAUCAUUCUCGACAACACCAACCGAGACCAGCAAUAUCAGCCCAAGCGCAAAGAUACGGAUCCGAUGGGGAGGCUAAAGCUCGAUACUAAUGUCACUACUAUCUCCGCUAAAGAUGCACUGAGCAUAACACCUAUUGGCCGUCGCUCUGGCACACCAUCUACCAUGACCAAAGAAGAAUCGCAGCAGGAGGACGGGUUUGAGAGUGAAGAAGAUUUUGAGAUGGUCGACGCCAUGUACGAAGACGAUGAUGGGUUCGAAGAUAAAAACCGCAAGGUCAUGCGCAGUCUCAAUCGAGGGGAUCAAGUGCAAUACGUCUGCAAUAUCUCACGAGUGGUAGGGCUGGAAGCCAUUGAAGGCCUGCUCAUCGUCGGCAAAGACUGCUUGUACCUGCUUGAUGAUUUCUUUCAGAGAUCAGAUGGCGAGAUUGUGCGGGUAUGGCAAGCGCCCCCGGAUGAACGGGAUCCAUACGUGCAAGUCAUCGCUGGUAAGGAAGCAGUUACAAACCGGCGUCCCCCACCAAGAAACCAAGAAGAGUCUGCACGCCACUGGAAGUGGAGCGAAGUCAUCAGCAUUUCGAAGCGUCGAUUUUUGCAUCGCGAUGUUGCUAUCGAGGUAUUCUUCGACGAUGGUCGAAGCUAUCUGCUCACUGCGAUUUCAGCCCAAGCACGCAACGACAUAUACGGACGCGUAUUGCAACGCGCCUCGCAGGUUUCAAACCCUGAGAAGCUGGCCAAUACCGAGAUUGCAUGGCGUCUCGACUCAUUGCGCAAUGUCGAAGAAGCACCACAAACGUUGGGGUCGAGAUUCGCGUCUGCCUUCAGCUCAGUCUCGUCACAUCCAUCAACAAAGAAGUGGCUGAAGGGCGAAUUUACCCCCGUUUUCCCCUGGGUUAUCUCAAACUAUGAGAGCGAGGAGUUGGAUCUGACCGACCCACGUAGCUUCCGUGAUUUGAGCAAGCCUAUUGGCAUCCAGCAUCCAAGGCAAGAACAGUCGAUACGCGAGCGAUUCAACUCAUUUGCGGAAAUGGGCGACCCAGACCACGCUUUCCACUUUGGCACGCAUUACUCCUCGGCAAUGACUGUGGCAUCGUAUCUCAUGCGCCUUCAGCCAUACAGUGCGGCCUUCUUCCUCAUUCAGGGCGGUACAUGGGACCACGCCGAUCGUAUGUUUUACUCGAUUCAAAACGCAUGGGAAUCAGCAUCAAACAAGAAUAUGGCUGAUGUGCGAGAGCUUACGCCGGAGUUCUUCUACCUGCCGGAUUUCCUGACAAAUGUAAACGGAUACAACUUUGGUCUUCGUUCCGACGAGUCAAGCAUUGAUAAUGUGCAAUUACCCCCCUGGGCAAAGGGCGACCCUGCAAUCUUCAUUGCCAAACAGCGUGAAGCACUCGAGGCUCCUUACGUUAGCGCGAACCUUCAUCGCUGGAUCGAUCUGAUAUUCGGCCACAAGCAGCGUGGUGAGGCUGCUGUCGAAGCGGCGAAUGUCUUCCAUUGGAUGACUUACCAAGGUGCUAUUGACCUGGACAGCAUUACCGACGAGAAAGAGCGUGCUCAGAAGAUCAGCGUCAUCAAUAACUUCGGUCAAACACCAACUCAGGUCUUUCAACGUCCGCACCCGUCCAAAGAGAAUGCUGCAAAAGCAACGAAGCUGGACACCGCCGCCGAGAGUCUACAUCGCGUACCGGGUACGCUUUUAGACUCACAUGACCGCAUAGCCUCACUCAACUACAUCCCGAAGAGUGAUAAACUCCUUUGCUCCGCCCCGUUCCGAUACAAUCUGCCACCCCACUACAAUGUGUACAUGGAGUGGGGCUUCACAGAUGGAUCGGUUCGAUUCUACGAAUCACAAUCGAAACGUCUUAUUGGAUUGUUCGAGCACUUACACUCUGGACAACUCACAAUGUCGCUCUUUGUCGACGGCAGAACGCUUAUUACAGCGGGCACAGAUUGCACGCUGUCAGUCUGGAACGUCAUCCGCGCGGAAAAGGGCCAUAUUGAGCUUCAGCAUGUGACAAGUCUUUUCGGACACAAGUCGCCUGUGACCACACUUGCCGCAAGCCGCGCCUUCUCUGCAUUCUUGAGCGCUGAUCAGGACGGCAAAGUCUUUCUGUGGGACCUGAACCGCAAUGAGUUCGUUCGGGAACUCGACCUUGGAGCGCGACAAAAAAGGUCUAGGACGCCAAUCCAAGCUGCACGAAUCAAUAGCGCGACUGGUCACAUCGUCCUCGCUAUUGGGCCCCGCUUAAUAGUCACAACGUUGAACGGAACAGUGUUGUUGGACGAAGAUGUUUGCGACGGUGGCGACGAUACUGAUGGCAUUAUCUCCAUCGCAGUGUACGAGGGAGUUGGCAACGAAUGGUGUGAGCGCGAGCUCAUCUUCACUGGUCACAGACGGGGUAUUGUGAAGAUUUUCCACCUCACUCCCACGCCUAAGAUGCCAUUCAAUGGCGCCAAUCUUAUGCCUGGUGCACACAUUACGCCAGCUCCAUCUAAAAGUGCUUGGUCCAUUGACCUCGUCAAUGUACUUGCUCAUGGCGAUCCAAUGAUUGAACGUACUGCUGCGCCAAUAACGUGCAUACUACCAUUGGAGAGGAGUGUGUAUACCGGGGAUGAGGAUGGUAGAGUCUAUGAGUGGGAUUGCGUACAACGACAGCAUUGAAGACGAGUGAUUUUAUUGUAGUUGGGCAUUGCAUGGUCUGGUCUACGGUUGCUUUAUUGAUGUUGCAAUCGGUCUGAUAGUGUACCGGAAGUGUAUAUACGGAUAGAGAAAAGACCUCACUUGCCAGAUGUGCCAGAUGUGCCAGAAGUACGUACACUAGAAGGGCGUUGCUAAUAAAGUGCAGAUUACUUGCGCCCGGCAUCUUGGCUCGUUGCAUUUGUGCCCUGCCAUUGCGAAUAAUUACACCCUUGUUG